AUGGGCGAUGACAACGAAGUCAAGUUUGACUACGCCAAACUAAACGAGGUUGUCCAGUCGGUUACUAUCAACAUGAACAAGGUGACUGUUAAUCAUCUAUACAUUUUGGAGCAAGCUCGUGCGUCGGACAUGAAAAAUCGUCCCAUUGGCAUUGGUGUCCAAGGUUUAUCCGAAGUGUUUGCGAUGAUGAAGGUCUCCUUUGACAAUUGGCAAUUGAAACAAUCUACUAUGGUGUAA